AACUCUAUAUAAGAACCCGCGACUUCAGCACGGGCAAAUCACUUCGCGGUUGGGAUUCGCGUCGUUUGUAUCCUCUUCGAAAAAUUUAUCAAAAUGUGGAUUAAAUUCUGGUCUGCUUGUUUGUUGGUAACUCUGGUCAACGCCGAGUACCUCUACGAUUCAAACCCCUAUGCUCACUUUGGAGGAUAUGCAUCAUCAUAUGAUAACUAUAAACCAACAAACUACAAAUUCGAAUAUGGAGUGUCCGACCCCCACACUGGUGACCACAAGUCCCAAUGGGAAGUGAAAGAAAACGGAGUAGUUCGUGGAGCUUACAGUCUCCUAGAACCCGAUGGCACAACCCGUCUUGUAGAAUACUACGCUGAUGACACUGGUUUCCAUGCUGAUGUGAAGAAACUUGGAACUGCCAUUCAUGCUGCCCCCGAAUAUGGACAAUUACACAGUCUUUCCGAAACCCACAUUGCCAACAGUCUUGCUUACAACGGUUACGGCCAUGGAGGUGUCUCCCACAACUACGGUGCUCCCAUCGCUGCUGCCGUUAAAGUGGCAGCUGCCCCUAUCCCGGUGCAUCAUGCCCCAAUCGCCCAAGUGCAACAUAUCGCCCCUGUCCCACAAGUGAUUGCCCCCCAAAUCCAUCACUUGGGAUCUCCUCAUGACUUCGGCUAUGGACAAGAAAUCUCGCACAUCUACUCUUCUGCCCCGGAAGCUCACUAUCAUGACCAUCAUGAUCAUCACGAGAAAGUGUACGCUGCUCCAGUGCCAGUGCUUCAACACCCAGCCCCGUUCAAGAUCCACGCUGAACCUCAUUACGAACAAGCACCAAUUAUCAAGGAAUACACUCCUGCUAUCGCCCACUAUGCUGAACCUCAAAUUGUAAAGCAAGUUGUGCAACCAGUGGUCAAAUAUGCCCAGGCUGCCCCAGCCCCAGAAUACUACGCCAACUACGCUCCGGAACCUGCGUACGUAAAAUACGCUGCCGCACCAGCACCCAUUGUUGCCAAAUACCCCGAACCAGUUUACGCCCAUGCUCAGGAAUAUAUCCAACCUCAAAUCUAUGCUGCUCCUGCCCCAGCUCCCGCACCAGUUGCGAAAGUUGCCGUCGCUGGAAAAGUUCAAGCUGUAAAUCCCUUCGCACGCUUCUUUGCACCUUUUGCAAAGUACUUCGCCGCUCCAGCUCCAACUGUCAAAACCGUAGUGGCGCCAGCCAAAGUAGUGCCAACUCAAGCCGUGUACGCUGAAGCUCCAGUGAAGUACGUCGACUAUGACGCCUACCAGGGAUACAAACCGGAAGUAGUCAUCUCGUCGCCGCAUAAUUACGGCCCCAACCCCGGCUACUCCUAUAGCCACGACUACUAAACUGUUAAUCAGUUGCACACUUCACACCCUUUUCGCCACUGACAUUCCAAACACCUUAAAAAGGGUUUGCAACAACCCUUACGGUAUAAUACAUAAAGUGAAAUUAAGACAUCAAACGCAGCGUCAAAUCCAAAAAAGGGUUUAAUUAAGCACAAACGGACAAAGCAAUCAAAGGCUAUCAAAGCUCAUGGAUAUCACCAUCCAUGUUAUUAUCUAAACAUUCUUAGAUCUUCUAUUUUUUCAUCUACAUAAUUACUAUUCUACCCUUAAUUCCUAAAACCCGUUCUAUUUGGUUAGUUUAGUUGUCUACGGCUGAAACCAUUAAGUGUGUACAAUGUUAUAGCUAUAUUUAUUUUUGUUUGGCCGAAAAUGAAACGACGAUCGACGAUAAACGAAUAUAUUUUUAUAUACGCCUAGGUAUAUGUGUAAUAAAACAAAAAGAUAUAUAUUACGAAAUAAAGUUAAUUUAACCCGAAAA